AUGUCCUCAGUCGGCGGCUUCCUCCGCUGUAAUUGGCAGGCUUACUCUCCCCCAGAGCCACCAAAGAACGCCAACGCUAUAAAGUUUGGAAUUCUUGGUGCAGCAAAUAUUGCUGCAACUGCUUUGAUCACACCGGCGAAAUCUCACCCCGAUAUUAAGAUCUAUGCUGUAGCGGCUCGUCACAAGGAAACGGCCGAGGCAUAUGCCAAAAAGCACAAUAUUCCUCACGUUUUCAACAGUUACCAAGCAAUUCUCGAUGACCCCUUCAUCGAUGCCGUCUAUAUCCCCCUUAUCGUUACCUUACACUGUGAAUGGGCCAUCAAAGCAAUCGCCAAAGGAAAGCAUGUGCUACUUGAAAAGCCAGCCACGGUCAAUGCAGCUGAAGCAGAGAUGCUAUUCCGUUCGCCAUUGCUACGACAGCCUAAUGCAUCAGUUCUUCUCGAAGCAAUGCACUUUCGCUUCCAGCCGAGCUGGCAAUAUUUCCUCAGCCUGGUCGACCGUCAGAACAUACAAACUGUCGAUACCGUUGCACUAUUACCCUCCUACAUUAUACCCAAGGGUAAUGCACAGCUAGAAUACAACUUGGGUGGCGGUACUAUGCUUCAUCUCGGCACAUACCCUAUGUAUGCACUGCGUCAGAUCAUGGGAGAGGAGCCUGAAGAAUUGUGUCAUAAAGAAAUCAAGUUGGACGAUAUGACACUCCCAAAAGAACAGACUAAAUGGAAGCUCAGGAAGCUGAGCGUCAGCAACUUCCUUAUAUCAUCCUUUUGGCACCGCAUUGACAUCGUGGACGAGUACACCAUUCGGGAUGACAGGAAUGAUAAAGACUUGAAGAAAUGGACAGUCAAACAAUCCAAGAAGGUCUAUACAUUCAAAGAUGCCGGGAUUGAUCAGCCGAGUGAGCCGUUUUGGUCAUCAUAUCGCCAUUUGCUGGAGCAGUUCGUGAACCGUGUUCGUGGGAAGCAAGGUUCUGGACUCUGGGUCGGCCAUGAAGACAGCAUUGCGCAGGCGAGAAUGAUCGAUAUGGCUUACGAGAAGUCUGGACUACCCUUGCGGCCAACAAGAGAGUUUAGAAUGGAAGAUUAUUCGGAUAGUUUGUUGGGGUGA